CAUCCAAACACAAGCAAGCAAGAAAACAAAUCUAUCAUCUCUUUGUCCUCAGCACACACAAAGGUUAUCGGAUGGUUAAGAUGGAAACCAUCUCCAAGGAGUCCAUCAAACCUUCCUCUAAAACGCCUGAUCGCCUCAGAACCUUUCGACUCUCAAUGUUAGAUCAAUUCAUUCCACCUUCCAUCUAUGCCCCUCUUAUUCUUUACUACUCACUUGAUGAAAGUACUAGCAACGUCAAGCAAGCCGAGAUUUCCUCUCUCCUAAAAAGAUCGCUCUCAGAUGCCUUAUCUCUCUUCUACCCAUUAGCUGGAAGGAUGACAAGUGAAAGCUCAGUCGAUUGCAAUGAUCAAGGCGUUGAUUUCUUGGAAGCUCGGGUUGAUGCCCGCCUCUCAGAAAUCCUUGAAUCUCCACAAGUUGAAGUAUUGACUCAAUUUGUUCCAAGCACAAGUGAAGAAAGUGGUGGUUUCCUAUUGGGCAUUCAGUUGAACUACUUCCACUGUGGGGGCAUUGCUAUUGGUAUAACCAUCUGCCACAGAAUUGCCGAUGCAUGCACCUUAAGCAUGUUUGUCGAGGCAUGGGCAGCCACGGCUCCUGGCGAUACCAAUAUGGUGGCGCCUAGUUUCGUCACGUCCUCUCUCUUCCCGCCCAAAGAACAGUUUGGGCAGCCAAUGAGUUUUGAAAGCCCAAAACAUUGGGCAGACACUCGAAGGCUCUUCUUCAGUAGCUCAAAAAUAGCGGCUCUGAGAGGUGAAGUAGGAGCCAGUACCACGUUUCAACCAACGUGUGUUGAGUUGGUAACGGCAGCAAUUUGGAAGUGGGCCAUGGACCGGAAAGGGCGUGACCAAUCCCGCCUGUCAGUGGCGUGCCAUGCGGUGAAUAUAAGGGGGAGGAUGGAGCCGCCAUUACAGGAAUGCACAUUUGGGAACCUCAUCCGGGGAGCAGAUGUAUUUGGAAACCAUGAGCUGGAUUUGGGUGAGCUGGUGAGCAAGAUGAGAGAAGCAGUUGGGAAAAUUGACAGUGAGUGUAUGAAAGAGUUGCAAGGGGAAAAUGGAUAUGAUAUGGUUGUGGAGCAUUCUAAGAAGGCAGUGGAGUGGUUCCUUGACAAGGAAGUUCAUGUUUACUAG